AGAGCAGCUCAGCAAACUGCAGACCAAACAUCAUCAGGACACAGAGCUGCUGGAGGAGAUCAGGUCCUUCAGUAAACAAAGAGCAGCCAUCGAGAAGGAGUACGGUCAGGCUCUCCAGAGAUUAGCAAUCCAGCAUCAGAAGAGAGAUUGGCAAAGAGGAACGGCGGACGCCGUCACAUCUGGGAGUGUGUUUUGUGUGUGGCGCUCCGUGGUCGAUGCAACAGCUCAAAUCGCUGCAACACGACUGUCUGCUGCCGAAGAUUACCGCAAACUGACCGGCCACGCCUCCAGGAGUCUCCACAACGCCAAGGACGUUCGAGUCAAGAGGGGCCUGGAACGGCUGCAGCGGGUGCAGGGUGAGGUGGUGGAUGCACUACGGGAACUGCACAGGGUCAAAAAGAGCUACCAUCACCUCAUUCACAUCGCUUGUGUGGCCAGAGAGAAAGCUGCUGACGCACAGAUCAAAGCCAGGAAGAGUGAGCAUGGGAUCUUCCACUUCAAAACAGGAAUACAUAAGAUGACUGCUAAACUGAAUGCCAGACUUAAAGAGUGUGACGACCGUUUGACUGAAGUCCGUAAUGAGUAUCUACUGACCGUGGCUGCUGUCAACGCCCAGCAACAGCACUACCACACGCAUGACUUACCACUGAUCAUGAAGCAGAUGGACGGGGAUAUCUAUGAUGAUCUAAGGCAACACUUUACCUUGUUGUGUGGGACAGAAAUGGACGCCUGUUUGACCACACAUCAGCAGUUCAGUAGUAUAUGGGACAGUCUAACUAAGGUGACCAGAGAGAGAAAUGUUCAAGAGUUUCUAGAAGAAUCCAUUUCCUUCAGCAAAACACCAGAUUUGACCUUCCAGCCUGCUCCACGAGACAAGGUUUCUUCUCUGCAGGAGAGCAGCACAGCAGGACAGGAGGGCUGUCUGGUCAGAGAAGCCAAGAAAUGGGCCAGCAAGGCUGCAAAGGACCACAAGAUAGUUGCUCACGGAGAAAGAGUUCUGCAGAUGUUGGAGAGUCGACUGCAGCUCCUGUCAGGAGAGACCGGGCUCAGUGUGGAGCAGAAGAUCGCAGAAGUUCAGGAGAGUGUCAGAAAAGCAAAGCUCAGCAGAGUGAAGGCUGAGGCCCGUCUGGCUCUGCUGUCAGAGAGCGUCGGGGGAACCGAGCGCUGGUUUCACGACGCCAUGAUGCAGGCCGAGGAGGAGCUGGAGCGGGAGCGGCGCCUCAGCGAGCAGAGGAGGUCCACAGAUGAUUUCCCAGAGGAGGAGUUUGAGCUCACCGACUUUGAGGACUAUAACGAUGAAAAUGGAGACAUCUUUGUGGAGACGGUUUCCUCCUCUGGAGUUUAUGUCGUCCCUGCAGCCUGCAGAGUUCUCUACAGCUAUCAGGCUGGCCAAUCAGACGAGCUGUCAAUUAACGAAGGGGAGGAGCUUCAGGUGAUUGAGGAUGGAGAUUUAGAGGAUUGGCUGAAGGUGUGUAACUCGUGCGGUCAGGUGGGUUACGUCCCCGAGCGUCACGUGCAGUUCUUGUGUUCACCAGCAGAGGGGGCUCCUCAUCUGAGCUGUUCGCUCGGCUCCACAGAGAGCAGAGGUGUAGCCAGAGCUCUGUACUCCUACCAGGGUCAGAGUGCAGAGGAGCUGUCCUUCCAGGAGGGGGCGCUGAUUCGUUUAACUCGUCGCCAUGGGGCGGUGGAUGAUGGUUUUUGGGAGGGAGAACUGGACGGCCGGAUUGGCGUCUUCCCAUCUCUGGUUGUAGAGCUUCUCUGUGAUGAAGAGGAGGAAGAGCAGGGAAAAGAGGAAGAAGAGGUAGAAGAAGAAGAAGAAGAAACUCACCAAAGUCAGACUAAAUCCUGCAUCUCCUCCUCUCCUGGUGGCGUUUCACCUGCUGGUGUUGAUGAAACGGAGGCGUCUGUUCCUGUGGAGAUCUCAGACCUCAAAGUAAACUCUUCAGAAGCUGCAGUCGGGGAUCAAACUGCUGCACAGAUCCCCAGCGGUCGAAUAAAACCAUGCAGAGCCCCUCCUCCUCCUCCAGCAGAGAGACCUUCAGCUCACCAUUAAGACUGCAGAGAAGUCCAUGUUUGCUUUAAGUUCUUGU